AUGACAACCAACAUCCCCGAAAUCCUCCUGCUCUGCAUGGACAUCCGCUUCAUGGACGCCUUCAACGAUGCCCUCGAAACAACCUGGCCAGACCACAACCCAGAAAAACUAAAGAUCUCCCUAAUAAACGAGCGCCUCAACUCUCUCCCAGAAGGAACAACUUUCGACCUAAUUGUCUCGCCAGCAAACUCCUACGCCCGCCUCGACGGAGCAUUCGACCACGCCAUCUCGAUGACCUUCAGUCCACGACAAGACUAUCACGCUCUAACGCGCAGAGCACAAACAGUCCUCUAUGAGAAAUGGCGCGGUUUUGCGCCGCCGGGCUCGUGCACGCUUGUCGAGUUUCCACAUGACCUAAAGCAGAACAAGCACGGCUGUGAAUGGGUGGCUAUUUGUCCGACAAUGCGGGAGCCUAGCGAUGCCCGCUGGGAUCGGGAGGUUGUGUAUGAGUGUGUUUGGAGCUUGUUGUGUCAGGCGGAGGGGCAUAAUCGUUCUGUAGAAUCUGCGAGGAAGAUUGAGAGAAUUCUUAUAACGCCGUUGGCUGUUGGCGUUGGGAAAGUUAGUAAGACGCGAUGGGCGGUGCAGACGGUGUUGGCGCUGAAACAGUUUGUUGAUGCUGUUGAGAGGCCUGUGAGGUGGAGCAACUUGGGUUGGAAGGAGAUUGAGGAGGAUAGUCUCGAGAUUGAGAAGACUUGGGCAUUGUGA